AUGUACGAUCAUUCAUAUUUUAGUUAUGCUGAUGAUCGGAAUGUUCGGUUAGUGGAAAAUGGUCCAUCUUGUCAUGCAAAAAACCCGAAAAAAACUAUUGAGAAAGCUACCAACAUUGCUCAGAAAGCUGCAGAGGAAGCUAAAGCUGCCUCAGAAGCUCAAAAUAUGGCUGGUCAGCAAGCAGCACAUCAAGUGAAAGCACAAUUGGCAGAGAAGGCAUUGCAAGCUGCAAGAGCUGCUGAAGCAGCAUUGUCAGGGAAAGAAGCAAUAGUUCAGCAAUUAGAAGAAGAAGUGAGGGAAUCCGAAACGGUAGUUGAAGAAGAAAUGGGGUCUUUACAGCAAGCGAAAUCUAACGUUAAUGCUGCUAUUGAAGCCGCUAAAGAAUCACAAGAUCAGCUGAAGACACUCACACGUGCGAUGCAAACGGCAAAGGGAAACGCAGCGAAUUCCAAAAUGGCAGCUGAUGGUGCACAAAGAUCGCUACAUGAGAAGGAAGAAUUACUCGAGGCGGCAAAAAGACGUCUCGAGGAACUGACCAGCGAAUUACGAGCUGCUAAACAAGAUUUAGCGAAUACAAAUCGCGCUGCGGCCCAAGCAAAUGAGGCUGCUCACGAAGCAAAGGCCAACGCAGGCCGCAACAAAAGGAAGUCGUUGUUACGCUCGAGAUCCUCCGAGAAUUCAAACCGGAACAAAAUGAAGAUUUUAGCAUACAAGGACAAUUACAAAAAUACAGCAAAAAAUAGCUGGGGAACACAAUUUAAGAAGAUACCUUUAAGGAAUGAAGAUAAUUCUCUUGUUAAUCGUAUAUGCAUGUUAGUAGCAAUCUGCUCGAACGCAACAGAAAAAAAUAGAAAUAUAAGAAAGUCUGAUAGGUUAGAUGUGAUUCCAAAAAAUUCACAUCAAAUCGUCGGUAUCGCUCAAAAAGCUGCAGAGGAUGCCAAAGCUGCACAGGAUGCACAAAAUCCUGCGGGUGCACAAGCAUCUCAUCAAGUAAAAAGUCAGCUAGCAAGUAAAGCGAUACAGGCAGCGAAAGCAGCAAAUGCAGCACUUGCUGCGAAAGAAGCAAUAGUGGAGCAACUCGAACGAGAGGCAAAGGAAACAGAGACUGUAAUCCAGGAAGAAAGUUCAUCACUCCAACUUACUCAAGAAAACGCGAAUUCUGCUAUGAAAGCAGCAAGACAGGCUCAAGAGCAGAUCAAGACGAUAGCACAAGCGAUACAAAUAGCGAAUGUGAAUAUGGGAAGUGCACGAACAACCGCUGAAGGUGCAAAAAGGGAGCUUGAAGAAAAAGAAGAUCUACUGGAGGCAUCCAGAGAAAGGGUGGAAGAACUAGUGAAGCGAUUGCAAACGGCAAAAGUCGAACUGGCGGAGACGAAGCGAGCAGCCGACAUGGCAACCGAGGCUGCACGACAGGCUAAGAUUAACACGGAUAGAAACAGACGUGGAAAGAACUUUUUUUAA